CCAGAGUGGAAAUCAUUUGCAAAUAAUAUCAGAUUUAACAAACAGUUAUCUGAUAUUGAUGUACAUGAAAUMUAUGAAACUCUGAAACAGAAUGAACAGGAUGUUUUGGAGAUCCGUAAAUYAAAGAAGAAGGAAAAGGAAGUUACUGAUCCUUUAGCUCUCGUAACUGAGAAAAAGGAGAAGAARUAUAAAAGCAGAGCUGGAAAGAAGGUUGUUGAAGUUAGUCAAUCAAGCGAAUCUGAGCAAGAAGACAGUAACAGCUCAGAAUCUGAUUCUGAAGUAAAGCAAACUAUGGCAAUGCUGACCAAAGCAUUCAAGAAAUAUAAGUUCUCCAAAAGGCCACAYUCGAAUAAUCAAAGAUUCUCGUCCGGAUCAAAGUAUGACUACAAGGACAAAUUCGGAGAGAAGAAGAAAUAUGAAGAGAAAAGAUUCAAAAAGAAGUAUGAGCGAAAGCCAGAAGAAGGAAAGAAAUAUAGCAAAGCUGAUGAGCAUACAAAAUGCUUUAACUGUGGCAAGCUAGGCCAUUUUGCUAUUGACUAUGAGGAAGAAGAAGCUGAAGCUGUUGCACAUAUGUGSUUGAUGGYUAAYACUGACAGUGCAUUGACUGGAGAAGAUUCUCAGAUGAAUGAUGAG